AUGAACUUCAAUUCUGGGCCUGUUCGAAGGAAAUCUAAAUAUCAAAGGUUGAAAGGCUGGCAUGCCAAGCGAGCCACUAACAGCUCCGAUGCCAUCGAGGAUUCGGCAGAAACAAGCCAACUACGCGACUGCCUCAAUACCAAUGGGUCUGGCUCUACUUGUCUCAACGCCUCCACCAGCGCAGCUCUUUCCUCAACCAGCACUGCUCUUCCCUCAGCCAGCACGGUUCUUCCUUCAACCAGCCCUGUCUUUCCUCCCAAUAACGCAACCAACACGGGAGCCUCAACCAGCGUUUAUCUUGCUCCUAAUAGCACAGCCAACACGGGCUCCUCAGCUAGCGGUCCUAUUACUCAUGCCAACGCGACUACCACCACAGCUCACCCGGGCACAUUUGCCACAAAUAGUCGUUUAGGCUGGAAGAUUGGUCUUGUUGCUCCCUUAAUAGUGAUCCUGUUUAUUAUUGGUCUGGUGAUCAGACACAAAAUGGUCAAAAAACGAAACAUGCGGGAGAAAUGGCAAGAGGUGGGCAUACAUCAUGAUCUGGGCGGAGAGAAACGGCAGCAGGCGGCGCGGGAAAGUCAAAAGGAGACGAAGGGAAUCCACCCGAAGGGCACGAGAGAAGAUAACCUCCAAGCGCAAGAGAUUCUUUCGACCCCUGAACUGGCGAGGAGGAAAGAGCCCUCCCAGCCGGAGAUGCUUGGCUUGGAGAGAGGCUGCCAAGUGGACGAAGAGGACAAUCGGUCGAGGAAGUCGAGUGUAGCAUCUCGGUUCAGCCUACGUUCCUUCUCCCUACGCCCGCCCAUGGACAUGUCCGUCUUCCAAACGCGCACCGACGCGGCCCUGGAUACCAUCCAGCUCGAAAUCAAGCACCGGGAAAGGAUGUCCAAAAUGAAGUGA